GGCGCAGCUCCCCCCGGCCGGCGGCAGCCGGGCCGAGCCGCCGAGGCGGGCGAGCAGCGGCAAGGCCACCACCGCCGCCAGCAGCCCCCUCGACGCGACCCCGGCCCUUGCCUCCCGCUCGGGGCACACGGCAGACUACGCGCUGGCCACCAGCACGGACGGGCAGGAGGGCCAGGAAGAAGCCCUCGGCGAGGAGUUCGCCGCCGCCCUCCCCGGCCCGUCCGGCGCCGCGGCGCCGUCCGCCCCGAGGCGCUCCGCCUCGCUGAGCUCGCUCUCGCGGUCGGCUCGCCGGGACAGGCCAGUGCGGCGCGAGAACACGAGGUGCUCGUCCGGCGAGGCGACGAGUGCCAUGGACAUGAUCGGGCACGACACGGUGCGCUCCUACGACCUGCGGGGGCUGUGGCGCAGCAUGCUGCACAGCCACAUGACGGGGCAGGGCUCCGGGACGACCAUGAUGUCGCGCACCCUGACCCGGCUGCUGUCGGGGACCUCCCCGUCGUCGAGGUUGCGGCAACGGGCGCUGGAGCUCAUCAACAGCGCCACCUAUGAGCUGGUCAUGCUGGCUUUAAUUUUCUCCAACUCCGUGUUCCUGGGCUGGCAGGUGCAGCACGAGGCGAAGAACCGCGCGGAGCUGCCCUGGAACCUGCACAUCGAGGCGUUCUUCUGCGCGGUGUUCCUCCUGGAGCUCGUCCUGAAGGUCUACGCGAUGGGCCCUCAGUUCGCGCUCGGGAAAGAACGGUCGUGGAACAUGUUCGACAUGACCGUGGUGAUGUCGAUGCUGGUGGAUUUUUUAUCGACAGUUACGAAGCAGGCCGAUUCUGGAAUGUGGUCGCAGGUGUCCAGCCUGCGCAUAUUCCGCGCGGUGCGCGUGAUACGUUUUCUGCGUGCCGUGCGCGUGUUGAAGUUCUUCACGCAGCUGAGGAUCAUGCUGCGGUCCAUUAUGUUCUCGGUGAGGCCACUGCUGUGGGCCUCGGUCGUGCUGGCGGCCAUGUUCUACGUGUUUGGGAUAUGUCUGACGCAGGGCGUGGUCGACUAUAUGAACGAGACCCACUCGUGGGAUGAUCCAUCGAUGGACCAUAUGCGCCACUACUUCGGUUCCCUCGAGAAGUCCGCGCUUUCGUUGUUCGAGUCCAUGUCGGGGGGCGUCAAUUGGGGCGACCUCUACGACUCCUUGAUACCACUGGGGCUCCAGUUCCAGAGCGUUUUCCUGUUCUUCGUUCUCUUUGCCAUCUUCGGAGCUGCGAACGUCGUCACUGGAAUUUUCGUGGAGAUCGCGAACCACUGGUCGCGGUUCGACACCCACACGCAGAUACAGGCGGAGGUGGAACAGAAGGUGUUCUACAUCAGGGCCCUGCAGGACUUGUUCAGCGAGCUGGACACAAACGGCUCGGGCUUCCUGACGCUCGAGAACAUGCAGGACGCCAUCCACGACGCCAACAUUGUGAACUCCUUCCACGCUCUCAACCUGGAGCUCAUGGACGUGCGGACGCUCUUCCUGCUGCUGGACCGCGACCGCAAGGGCUACAUCAGCAUCGAGGAGUUCCUGCUGGGCUGCUUCCGGCUGAAGGGGGAGGCCAAGACCCUCGACGUGAUAAAGCUCCAGUACCAGAGCGAGUGGAUCAUGCACAACGUGGUGAAGGUCCUCGACGCGGUCAGCGACCGCACGAACGUCAGCGUGGCACUGCGGUCGGGCGCGCCGAGCUCCGACACGUCCGACUCCGGCGAGGCCCCGCUGCCCAAGCCGAGGAAGAGCUUGUUCAGGAGCCUCAGCAGGGCGGAGCGGCACGAGCAGUGGCGGGAGCUGGUCGGGCAGCAGCCCGCGUCGGAGUUCAGCUUCUUCGAGGGCUGAGAGGGGGG